AUGCCAAAGAUUGUCUUAAAGAAGAAGCCUUCCAAAGAAACCAGGAAACCACCAACUCCGCCACAUGAACCAACACCACCUCAAUCACCAAUCCAAUCACCUCCAAGACAAUCUACACCACCACAACAACCUUCACCACCGAAACAACCAACACCACCUAGACAAACAUCACCUAUACAUCAUUCACCACUACAUCUUUCACCGCCACCACAACAAAUGCUUCUUACAUCGCAAGAAAUCUUUCAAACACCUCUACCCACUCAAAUUCAACCUGGUUCUUCUGGCAAAGGUCUUUACACUCCUCAUGAUAGUCUUGAAGACAUUGGAGAUUUCGGUUUUGCUAACGAUGAACAAGUGAAGAAGUUGGAGAAAAAGAUGGAUGAAGUGUUAGAUGAAAACAAUAAAUUAGCUGCUGAAAACAAGAAAGUCGCAGAUCGUGAGAGAAUUCUUGAAAUGCGUGUGAAGAGGUUGGAAGGUGAUAACAAAGAGUUGUUGAAAAAGAUUGAUUCUGAUCAAUCAGAGAUUGAUAUUUUGAAGGUGAGAGUUGCUGAACUUGAAGAAGAAAAGACUCGAAGAGAUUAA